GUGCUGUCCCACAACCUGUACACGGUGCUGUGCAUCCCCCACGACCCCGUGGCGCUGGAGGAGCAUUUCCGCGAUGACGACGACGGGCCGGUGUCCAGCCAAGGCUACAUGCCCUACCUCAACAAGUACAUCCUGGACAAGGUGGAGGAAGGCGCUUUUGUCAAAGAAAACUUUGAUGAGCUCUGCUGGACUCUGACAGCGAAGAAAAAUUAUAAGCCUGACCGGAAUGGGAAUAGCGUUGUAUCCCACCAGGACGCCUUCAAGCUCUGGUGUCUCUUCAACUUUCUGUCUGAAGACAAAUACCCUCUCGUCAUGGUGCCAGAUGAGGUGGAGUACUUGCUAAAGAAGAUCUGCACGGCCAUGAAUAUGGAGCUGAACUCCUGUGAGCUGGACGACUGCCUGUCCCAGGAGCCGCAGGGGCAGGGCGGCCUGACGGUCUGGCAGUUCCUGGACAUGGUGAACUCGGGGCGGCUCCUGCGGGGCAUCGAGCAGGAGGCCAUCAGCAUGGCAGUGGAGGAGGUGUACCAGGAGGUCAUUGAGGAUGUGCUCAAACAGGGCUACCUCUGGAAGAAGGGCCAGCUGAGGAGGAACUGGUCGGAGCGGUGGUUCAUGCUAAAGCCUAGCGCCUUGUCCUACUAUAUGAGUGAGGAACGGAAGGAGAAGAAGGGCAGCAUCACCUUGGACAAGCACUGCUGUGUGGAGGUGCUGCCUGACCGGGAUGGGAAGAGGUGCAUGUUCUGUGUGAAGACCUCAUCCCGCACAUAUGAGAUGAGCGCUUCUGACACCCGGCAGCGCCAGGAGUGGACGCUAGCCAUCCAGACUGCCAUCCGGCUGCAGGCUGAAGGCAAGAAGUCCCUGCACAAAGACCUGAAGCAGAAGCGACGGGAGCAGCGCGAGCAACGGGAGCAGCGCAAGGCGGCCAAGGAGGAGGAGACACAGCGGCUCAAGCAGCUCCAGGAGGAGAAGGAGCGGAAGCUGCAGGAGCUGGAGCUACUGAAGGAGGCCCAGCGGCAGGCAGAGAUACUGCUGCAGGAGGAGGAGCAGCGGCGGAGGCAGCAGCACGAGGAGAUGCAGAAGACCCUGGAGAUCCAGCUGCGGGAAGCCGAGCAGGCACGUGCUACCAUGCAGGCAGAGAUGGUCCUGAAGGAAGAGGAGGCUGAGCGUCAGCGUAAGCGCAUCAUGGAGCUGGAGGAGAUGCAGGAGAGGCUCCAGGAGGCCCUGCAACAGGAGGUGAAAGCACGGCACGAUGAGGAGUCCGUGAGAUACGCACAGGCAAGGCUACUGGCUGAGGAAGAGGAGAAGCUGAAGCAGCUGAUGAAACUGAAGGAGGAGCAGGAGGAAUACAUCAUCAAAACUCAGCUGGAGAAGCAAGUCCUCAAGCAGGAGAUGGAGAACAAGAACAAGUGUCUGGAAGAGGCCCAGAAGCAGCUGGAAGAAGUGAGAGUGAACAGGCAGCGGGUGGACCAAGACGUCAUGGCAGCCCAGCGGAAGCUGCGGCAGGCCAGCACCAACGUCAAGCACUGGAACGUGCAGAUGAACCGUCUGAUGCACCCCAUCGAGCCAGGAGACAAACGUACAAACGUGAGUGGAGGAGGCUUUGCUGGCUACCCACCCCUCGUGUGCCGGAGAGAUUCCUCCCUCAAACUCAAGCAGAAAGUAGAGGAUAAAGGCAGUGACCCCAUGAGGGACAGCAGGAAGGAGAACGUGAGCAACGGCGGGAGCAGCAGCCCACUGCCAUCUUUGGAUGCAGACACCAUGGCCAUAGAGCCCUCCAACCAGUAGCAGGAUGGCAGAGCCCAGCGGGGAGCUGCAGGGCCCAGCAGGCCCGGUCAGCAUGGUCAUCUCGGGUUGGAGACCAGCAGAGACCAGCACAGAGCCUAUAGGUGACUACAUGUAGAGCAGAAGUGCUCCAUGCUGCAGCUACAACGUGCCAGGAGCUCAGAUAGCCCAAUGUCAGGAGAAGGCAGCGGAGCCAUCUCCUCCUCGGGGCUGCCCAGGUGUGGGGUCUGGACUCACUUCCCUGCACACCAGACACUGGCUUCAACACUGCCUCAAGAUGCCACCAGUGGGUCUGGACCAUGUGGCCCUGGACUGCCGUUCCCCCUUGGUUUCUACUGGCAGUGCCAGCAGCAUCAUCCACUAUGCCCUUGUACAUAUGGUCUUCCAGAGGGGCCUCCAGGGCAGCUUUAGGGACUGAGCAGUGCCUUCUCACUACCCCCACACAAAGGGCACUUUUGGCAAUGACCAAGUGGACUGAGAUGUCCUUAACUACACGUGCAUUCCCUGAAGGUGGUUGUUAAGUCACUGGAGUCGCAUAGAUGUCAGUAUAAACCGAGAAGUAAUAAAGCUUUUGGAGCCACUGGCCCAUAAACCUUA